CAACAAACCUUAAAUUUUUCACUUCAAUAAUAAACUCCACUAACGCAUAUUCUCACAAAUACUUUCGAAAAAAUAUAUAUAUAAAAUACUCGCAAACACAAACAAAACGCAAACGAUAUAAACGAUGGUUAAUACUCGUCAGCUUAGUGCUAAACAAUUUGAGGUCCUCACCAACUGGUUGGAAACCAAGAAGAUCAAUUUGAUGAAUAGCCUGGAGGAUGGCAACAUUGAUCUCAACGCCGUGGCGUCCUCGAUGAAGCUGAUUAAUAAGAGAUUCGCAACCACUUCGGUCUAUACAGCAAAUAACAACUUUGCCUUGAAGUUGAAGAACUGGGAUAACUUUAAUUUGUUGGUGCUACGCAAAAUGGGCGUAAACGUCACACGCAAACAGCUGGAGGAUUUGGCCAAGAGUGAAGCUUAUGCAUUGUAUUAUUUGCUCUAUCAAGUGAUGUGUGCCGAGCGCAGAGGAUUCAAAAUGUUUACUCCCCGACGUUCGGAGUCAUUGAAACCCAACGACAAUCAGGUCAAGACAUUCCGCAACGUGACACCGUCUCAAGCCAUAAAGAAGCCGGAGCAAUCGCCGAAGCAAUCGCCGAAGCAAUCGCCGAAGCAAUCGCCGAAGCAAUCGCCGAAGCAAACUCCGACGCAAACUUCGAAGCAUGCUUCGACGCAAACUCCGAAGCAAACUCCGAAGCAAACUCCGAAGCAAACUCCAACGCAAACUUCGAAGCAUACGCAAACUCCGAAGCAUGCAUCGACGCAAACUCCGAAGCAAUUUCCGAAGCCAACUCAAGGGCGUCCGAAACCAAAGACUUCUACAUCUCCCAUUCAGACUCAAGUGCGUACGACUGCACAAGUUUUGGCCAGACAGACUCAAGUUCAGCCCAAGCCACCCUACAACAAAGUUAACAAACCAGUUCAAAAGAAAUUCGGUGAUUCGACAACACAGACUGGGGCUUCAAUGCAACAGCUUCAACGUAGCAUUACUUGGCCAAAGAAGAGUUUUAAGGAAGCGGCUGUCAACUGUAAGAUCUUUGAUACGAUCAUAAUCAUGCAGUUGGAGAUUCGCAUGGAUCAGCUCAAUGAGAAGAGUUACGACAUGAUGCCACAGCAAGGCCAGUCAAGUUCUCGAAAGCAGGAAGCGUCCGAACAGGAGCUGCCAAGGGAGUCGGAACCAAACGAGCUCGAAUUUCUUGAAUGCCAGUUUGAGCCGCUCGAAAUGGAGUCGGAGCCGGAUCUAGUGUCAUAGGAGAAAUCUAACCUAUGAAGGAAGUUCAAUCAAGGUAAUAGUUUAUUUUUUUCAAGUUUUAUGACAGGCUUUCAUUUACAUCAUGACGCGGAACUAGUAAAAUAGAAGAAUAUCGCAUGUCAUUCAAAAAUUGUUGAUUAAUUUAAAAAUAAAAAUGUGGGAAACCGUAAAAUU